GUUAAACCGACCAAGCUCGAGCUCACCAGCGCGCGGUGCACAAAAGGCCCCGGAUGAUCGGUUGAGGUUAAAAAUGACAAGGAAUUUGUCUACGUGAAUCUCGAACACAACACACCAGUUUUGCUGUCUCUGUCCAGAUACUUAAGAAGAGGAGCAAGGGAUUCACUCGAUCAUCCUUCCUGCUCAGACUGUGGGGAGGGAUUGUCAUCUGACCGACUGGCAUGCCCGUCAUUUUACACAGGGGAGAGGCCGUUCAGCUGCUCAGACAGUGGGAAUGGAUUCACUCGGUCAUUUCAACUGAAGGUGCAUCAGCAAAUUCACCUGUUCUGUGUGUGAGAAGGGACUCAGUCAGUCUACCCACCUGUGGACACAUGAGUCAGUUCAUACUGAGCAGAGGCUGGUCAUCUGCUGAACUUGUGGUAAAGGAUUCACUCGGUCAUCUGGCCUAAUGGCUCACCAACGAGUUCACACCGGGGAGUGGCCGUUCACCUGCUCAGACUGUGGGAAGGGAUUCACUGAAUCAUAUAAACUACUGAUACACCGGUCAGUUCACAGUGGCGAGAGGGCGUUCACGUGCUCAGACUGCGGGAAGGGAUUCACUUGCUCAUCCCAACUGAAGGUGCAUCAGCGAGUUCACACUGGGGAGAGGCCGUUCACCUGCUCAGACUGUGGGAAGGGAUUCACUUCGUCCUCUGUUCUACAGAGACACCAGCAAAUUCACACUGGGGAGAGGCCGUUCGCCUGCUCAGUGUGUGGGAAGGGAUUCACUCGAUCAUCCCACCUACAAGCACACUGGUCUGUUCACACCAGGGAGAGGCCGUUCGCCUGCUCAGUGUGUAGGAAGGGAUUCACUUGCUCAUCCCACCUGAAGGUACAUCAGCGAAUUCACACUGGUGAGAGGCCAUUCAUCUGCUCGGAUUGUGGGAAGGGAUUCACUCGAUCAUACCAGCUGAAGGUACAUCAGAGAGUUCACACUGGGGAGAGGCCGUUCACCUGCUCCGACUGUGGGAAGGGAUUCACUCGAUCAUCUCAACUGAAGGUACAUCAGCAAGUUCACACUGGGGAGUGGAUGUUCACCUGCUUAACCUGCGGAAAGGGAUUCACUCAGUCAUCUGAACUGUUGGUACACCAGCAAGUUCACACUGGAGACAGGCCGUUCACUUGCUCAGUGUGUGGGAAGGGAUUCACUCGGUCAUCCAACCUACUGACACAUCAGUCAGUUCACACUGGGGAGAGGCCGUUCACCUGCUCAAACUGUGGGAAGGGAUUCACUUGCUCAUCCCACCUGAAGGUACAUCAGCGAGUUCACACUGGGGAGAGGCCGUUCACCUGCUCGGACUGUGGGAAGGGAUUCACUUGCUCAUCCCAAUUGAAGGUACAUCAGCGAGUUCACACUGGGGAGAGGCCGUUCAUCUGCUCAAACUGUGGGAAGGGAUUCAUUCAGUCAUCUGAACUGAAGGUACAUCAGCGAGUUCACACUGGAGAAGGGCUGUUCACCUGCUCAGACUGUGGGAAAGGAUUCACUUGCUCAUCUGCACUGAAGGUACAUCAGCGAUUUCACACUGGGGAGAGGCCGUUCACCUGCUCGGACUGUGGGAAGGGAUUCACUCAGUCAUCCGCCCUAAUGGCACACCAGCGAGUUCACAGUGGGGAGCGGCCAUUCACCUGCUCAGUCUGUGGGAAGGGAUUCACUCAGUUAUCUCAACUGAAGGUGCACCAGGGAGUUCACACUGGAGAGAGGCCAUUCACCUGUUCAGACUGUGGAAAGGGAUUUACUUCAUCAUCUCAACUACUGAGUCACCAGCAAGUUCACACUGGAGAGAGGCCGUUCACCUGCUCAGACUGUGGGAAGGGAUUCACUCGGUUGUCUCAUCUACAGAGACACCAGCGUGUUCACACUGGGUAGAGGCCGAUCUCCUGCUCGGACUUUGGGAAGAGAUUCUCUCAGCCACCACCACCAUAUGUCCAUCAUUGAGUUCACAUUGGGUAGAGGCCGUUCACCUGCUGUGAAUGUGGGAAGCGAUUUGCUCAGUCAUCUAACCUUAUGUAACUCUCACUUCAGCUAGAAGCUUAACAUCGGGGUGAUAGCCCCCCAGCCCGGCCAAACUUAAGAAAUCUCAUUUGGGUGGAUGCUGCGUGAUGUGACCCCCGUUACAAAUCAGUACCCUGAAAUAACAAACGGUACACAAUUGCGAUUAAACAAUUGGGCUUUGUAGUUCUUACUUUGACUAUAGGGUUAGAAAAGAAAAAAUAAAGGAAAAUGGCCCACUCCAUUCAUGUCUUCUCUUCUCUCCCCGGCAAAAGACCAAAUCUCUCUUCCAAACUCACAAGAAAGAACAUUUCUCUCAUUGGAUAGCCCUGCACUUCAAAACCCUGUUAUCUCUUGUCGUCACCUAAACAUUGCUGCUGCAGAGAAACCGUUACCUCAGUAGUGAUACAUUACAGAGAGACCAUUACAUUAACACUGAAACCUCACAGCGUGUUACAGUUGUGACACACUACCAGGUUCACAAUAGACAAUAGGUGCAGGAGUAGGCCAUUUGGCCCUUCGAGCCAGCUCUGCCAUUCACUGUGAUCGUGGCUGAUCAUUCACAAUCAGUACCCUGUUCCUGCCUUAUCCCCAUAACCUUUGAUUCCACUAUCUUGAAGAGCUCUAUCCCUCUCCUUUCUUGAAAGCAUCCAGAGACUUGGCCUCCACAGCCUUCUGGGGCAGAGCAUUCCCUAUAUCCACCACUCUCUGGGUGAAAAAAUUUUUCCUCAAUUCCAUUCUAAAUGGCCUACCCCUUAUUCUUAAACUGUGGCCUCUGGUUCUGGACUCACCCAUCAGCGGGAACAUGCUUCCUGCCUCCAGCAUGUCCAAUCCCUUAAUAAUCGUAUAUUUUUCAAUAAGAUCCCCUCUCAGACUUCUAAAUUCCAGUGUAUACAAGCUCAGUUGCUCCAAUCAUUCAACGUAUGACAGUCCCACCAUCCCGGGAAAUAACCUUGUGAACCUAUGCUGCACCCUUUCAAUAGCAAGGAUAUCCUUCCUCAAAUUUGGAGACCAAAACUGCACACAGUACUCCAGGUGUGGUCUCACUAGGGCCCUGUACAGCUGCAGAAGGACUUCUUUGCUCCUAUACUCAAUUCCCCUUGUUCUGAAGGCCAGCAUGCCAUUAGCUUUCUUCACUGCCUGCUGUACCUGCAUGCUUACUUUCAGUGACUGAUGAACAAGGAUACCUAGAUCUCGUUGUACUUCCCCUUUUCCUAACUUGACUCCAUUUAGAUAAUAAUCUGCCUUCCCGUUCUUACCACCAAAGUGGAUAACCCCACAUUUAUCCACAUUAAACUGCAUUUGUCAUGCAUCUGCCCACUCACCCAGCCUGUCCAAGUCACCCUGCAUUCUCAUAACAUCCUCUUCAUAUUUCACACUGCCACCCAGCUUUGUGUCAUCGGCAAAUUUGCUAAUGUUACUUUUAAUCCCUUCAUCUAAAUCAUUAAUAUAUAUUGUAAACAGCUGCGGUACCCCACUGGUCACCGCCUGCCAUUCCAAAAGGGACCCGUUAAUCGCUACUCUUUGUUUUCUGUCAGCCAGCCAAUUUUCAAUCCAUGUCAGUACUCUGCCCUCAAUACCAUGUGCCCUAAUUUUGCCCUCUAAUCUCCUAUGUGGGACGUUAUCAAAGGCUUUCUGAAAGUCCAGGUACACUACAUCCACUGGCUCUCCCUUGUCCAUUUUCAUACUUACAUCCUCAAAAAUUUCCAGAAGAUUAGUCAAGCACGAUUUCUGCACUGGGGAGAAAGUUUCAACAACCUGCCUGCUGGAUAUUUGUCCAUCACCGUUGCUGAAUGCAAUUUUGAAAGUGACUGUUGGUGCUGAACUCUGCAAUUAUUGCUGUUGCUCACCACACCCAGUUCUGCACCCUGGUGACUGAACAUGGGAGGAGUUUCUUCUGCUGCAUAUUCACCUUUAAUGGGACUGGAGUUUUAUAUGGACUGGAGUGGAGAGCGGCCACUGAAGGAGUGGAGUUUUGAGGCUUUGGCUCGAGAGGUUCUGGCAGUUUUGGCAGCUGGAUUGUGCAAUCAUGUCAAUCAAGAUUUCGAUAGCUCAGACUCAGCAGAAAGCAGCUGAUUGGUCAGUCGAGGUCAGGUGUCCAAGCAGUUUGAUUGAGCAAUUGAAAAUUGAAAAACUCAACAAACAAAUAAAAAGAGGGGCAGCUCAAGCGAAGCGGCCAGUGAAGGAGUGGAGCUUUGAGGCUUUGGCUCAAGAGAUUUCAGCGAGCAGAGGCAGAGGAUGAGCUUGCUCCCAGUAAGGUAAGGCUGGGUAAGUUUAUUUAAUUAAUUAAUUUAGGAGUUAGUAAUGGAGGCAGUAGAUAGGGCAGUCCAGUGCUCCGAUUGUAGGAUGUGGGAAGUCAGGGACAACACAAUUGUCUCCGAUGUCUACACCUGCAAGAGGUGCAUCCAGCUGCAGCUCCUGUCAAAUCGGAUCGUUCGGGGGGCAGAGGCAGUAAUAGAUCAGAGUUUCAGGGAGACAGUCAGCCCUAAAAGCCAGGAGACAGGUCAGGUGACUGUCAGGAGAGGGAAGGGGAAUAGACAGAAAGAGCAGAGCAUCCCUGUGGCCGUUCCCAUCAACAAUAAGCGUACUAUUUUGGAUUCUGUUGGUGGGGACGACCUACCAGGGACAAGUUGCAGUGGUUGUGUGUCUGGCACCGAGACUGGACCCUCAGCUCAGAAAGGAAGGAGGGAAAAGUGGAGAGCAGUAGUGAUAGGGGAUUCAAUAUUUAAGGGGACAGUUAAGAGGUUCUGUGGGAAAGAUGGAGAAUCCCGGAUGGUCUGUUGCCUCCCUGGUACCAGGGUCCACGAUAUCUCGGAUGGAGUUCUCGGUAUUCUCAGGAGAGAGGGUGAGCAGCCAGAUUGUGUGGUCCACGUGGGGACCAAUGACAUAGAUAGGAGUAGGGAUGAGACCCUGAAGAAGGAAAAUAGCGAGUUAGGGGAAAAAGUUAAAAAGCAGGACCUCAAGGGUGGUAAUCUCAGGAUUGCUGCCUGUGCCACGAGACAGAGAGGGUAGGAAAAGGAAGUCAUGGCAGUUGAAUGUGUGGCUGAAGAGUUGGUGCAGGGGGCAGGGGUUCAGAUUUCUGGAUCAUUGGGAUCUCUUCUGGGGAAGGUCUGACCUGUAUAACAAGGACGGGCUGCACCUGAACUGGAAAGGGACCAAUAUCCUGGUGGGCAGGUUUGUUAGAGCUGUUGGGGAGGGUUUAAACUAGUUUGGCAGGGGGGUGGGAAUCAGAAUGUGAGUGCAGAGAUUAGGGUAGAAGGACAAGGGCAUGAUGCUAUGUGUUCUGAGUUGGUGAGGAAGGACUGGCAGGGGACAAAACAUAAAUGUAGCCAGUUAGAGGAGCUGAAAUGUGUCUAUUUCAAUGCUAGGAGUAUUAGGAAUAAAGGGGAUGAACUUAGAGAAUGGAUCAGUACGUGGAACUACGAUGUUGUGGCCGUUACUGAAACUUGGCUGGAGGAAGGGCAGGAUUGGCUGAUGCAGGUACCGGGGUUUAGGUGUUUAAAAGGAAUAGUAUGGGAGGUAGAAAAGUGGGGGAGUAGCGUUACUGGUCAGGGAUAGUAUCAUGGCUGUAGAAAGGGAGGACGCUGCAGAGGGAGUGUCCACUGAGAGGGGGUGUGGGUGGAAGUCAGAAAGAGGAAGGGAUCAAUCACUGUGCUGAGAGCAGUCUAUUGGCCCCCAAAUAGCCCUCGGGACACCGAGGAGCAGAUAAGCAGGCAGAUUUUAGAAUGGUGCAGGAAAUGCAGGGUUGUAGUUAUGGGUGAUUUUAACUUCCCUCAUAUUGACUGGCACCUCUUGACUGCAAGGGGGAUAGACGGGGCUGAAUUUGUCAGGUGUGUUCAAGAAGGAUUCCUGACACAGUAUGUGGACCGGCCAACGAGAGGAGAGGCCAUACUGGAUCUAGUUCUCGGUAAUGAACCUGGUCAGGUGGCAGACCUCGUUGUGGGGGAGCAUUUUGGUGAGAGUGACCACAACUCCCUUAGCUUCAGCAUAGUUAUGGAAAAGGAUAAAAACAGACAAAAUGGGAAAGUGCUUAACUGGGGAAGGGCUAACUAUGAAUGGAUGAGGCAGGAACUAGCAAGAGUAAAUUGGAAACAGAUGUUCAAAGGUGAAAGCACAGAAGUAAUGUGGAGGAAGUUUAGGGACCACUUGUGCUGGGUUCAGGAUAGGUUUGUCCCACUGAGGCAAGGAAAAAAUGGUAGGAAAAGGGAACUGUGGCUGAUGAAACACGUGAGGCAACUCGUCAAGCGGAAGAAGGAAGCAUAUGUAAGAUAUAAGAAGCAGUCAGAGCCCUGUUGGUCGCUUUUCAAUUGCUCCUACCCUGUUUACUUAAUUGUCUCUACCAGUCUUUCUUUUGAAACCUUAUUAUAAUACUUCAAUACUGCUUUACUGUGGCUGGGAAAAGAACCAAAGUGUUUGCAAAAGAAAGAGUCUUUGGAUUCAAUCAGUGACUUCCUUAAACGGCAAAAGUAGGAAUUCUCUGAGGAGUUUCAACGGCUCAACAGCAAAUUGGAUACAAUUCAAUGAACUUUAUUUCAGCAUGAGAACCAAAUUCAGGAGAAUACUGUGAAGCUAAUGACACUUGAAGAGGACGUUGAAGAUACAAUUAAACUCUGCAAAGAGUUAUCUUUAUCCAAUGAUAAAAUGCUGAGAAGGAUCAUCAGUCUCGAAAAUAGAAACAGGAGAAAUAACUUGCGAAUCCUGGGUCUUGAAGAAUCAAUUGAAGGCGCUGACCCUACGAAGUUUUUUGCAAGCUUUCUGAAGCAGCUUUUCCCUGAUUUAUUCACUUCCGAUCCGAAGCUCGAUCGAGCUUUUCGCUCUCUGACUUUGAAGCCAUUGUCCUUGGCAGCGAAAUCCAGAUCGGUCGGGACUAGCCUUUCAUGAAUUUCGUAUUAAGGACCUUUUAAUUCGCCAUACCCGGAGACAAGGAAUGAUCGAUUUCCAAAAUUACAAGGCUAGAUCUGUGGAAGACUAUUCGCCUGAAGUUUUGGCUGAUCGCAUGAAAUAUAAACAUGUUAUGUUGGAAUUUUAUAAUAAAGGAUAUAAACCAUCCCUUCAGUUCCCCGCACGUCUGUGUAUUGUUUUCAAGAACGGAUUGCAAAAUAGAAUCCAUUCAGUUGAAGAUGCAAACGAGUUUCUGAAGGAUGAAGUCUAAAACUUAUAUUUCUUAUUUGAUCAAGUUUUUUCUUCUGUUAAUAUACAUUUGAAAUAAGGUUUCAUUAAGCUUAUGUUUUGGCUGUUCAUAUAUUGUCUUUUGUUAUAUAUUUUUUUGAUACUACUUUAUUUUAUCCCGUUUUGAGGCUUUAUUUUAAUACAGCUUUCUUUAAAUUUGUUUAAAGUGAUCCUUUCGUAUUUCCGAAUACCGAGUUAUUUUACUUUUUAUGUUGUGUCUUGGUAGGGACAUAAUGACCUUGCAGGACUGGAGUUUUUUUUCUGUCAACAGGAUUUUUUGGGGCUGGUACUUAGUUCUCAGCUCGCUGACUGUCUAUUGGUCAGCUUUCUCGCUUUGGGUGGGGGAGAGAGUAGGUCCUAUUUCUCUCUGGGAGCUGUGUUGGGUUGAAUGUAUGAUUGUUUAUUUGAAUACCUUACUUCACGAUUUGCUUUCUAGUUUUAAUAACUUAUGGCCAGAUCUUUUAAUUACACGUUGAUUGGUAUUUAAAAUGGUUCAAAAUAUCAACCUGUUUAGUUUGAAUGUGAAAGAGCUGUAUCACCCCUUCAAAAGGAACAAAGUGUUUGCUUAUAUUAAAAAAUUAAAAGCACCUUUUUUUUUUACAAGAAACGCACAUACGCAGCUGUGAUAGCUUACGUUUUUUUUUACUUGGUGGAAGGGUAUGCAAUUCCACUCUUCGUUUAACACACAAUCACGUGGCGUUUCAAUUUUUGUAGAUAAUACAGUUUCCUUUAUUCAGCAUAAAGUUGUUUCGGACCCUGAUGGUCGAUUUGUUAUUGUAUCGGAGUUUAGACAGUAAAUUAAUUGUUUCUGGUAAUGUAUAUGCCCCCAACAUAGAUGAUUCAGGAUUUUUUGAAUGUCUAUUUUCCUUUUUGCCAAAUUUGUGUACUUACUCCCUUGUGAUAGGAGGACAUUUUAACUUCUGGUUAGAUCCAGUAUUAGAUCACUCAUCUGUUAAACCCUCCACACUUAAUAAAUCAGCUUUGUUCAUCCAAUCUUUUACAAAUAAAUGUGGUUUUGUUGAUGCUUGGCGUUUUCUGCAUCUGACGGACAGGAAGUAUUCAUUUUUCUCCCAUGUCUAUCGUUCUUAUACCAGGAUUGACUUUUUUUUAUUGAUAGUCAAAUGAUUUCAUUAGCUCGAUUGAUUGAAUAUAAAGCGAUUGCUAUCUCUGACCACUCUGCUGUAAUUCUAUCUUCAAGUCUUUCUGGUCCUAUCCCCAUGAGUAGAUUUUGGUGAUUUAAUUUAACUCUGUUAUCCGAUGAGGAAUUUUAAAAAUUUAUGGAGAAUCAAAUUACUCUUUUUUGGAAGAAAAUAUGUUGGAAGAGACAUCUAGCCUGAUUAUAUGGGAUACUUUUAUAGCAUACAUCCGAGGUCAAAUUUUCUUAUACUGCAAACAUCAUUAAAAAAGCUAACAAAGAAUGAAAUGAAUUAGCCAAUCAGUUAAAGCAACUGGACUUCAAUACCUGAUCCUGAAACAUAUGAGAAGUAUUGAAACUAAAACUAAAUAUGAUCUUCUUUUAACGUAUCCAAUUGAAAGCCAACUUUUAAAAGAUAGAAGUCAACUUUAUACUCAUGGAGAUAAAACUGGUAAGCUACUGGCUAAUCAAUUGAAGCCAUUUUCAGUGAAUUAGCAAAUUAAAGAAAUAAGUAAAAUUAAUGGGGACAUGACAACUGACCACCUUGAAAUUAAUGACACUGUUAGGGAAUUUAAUUCUAAAUUGUAUAGUUCUGGCUCUGUUAAUGAUAAUAUUGAAAAGAAUAAUUUUUAGAUCAAUUAAAUAUUAAUAAUCUUUCAUUAGAUGAUCAUAGGCAAUUGGAUCAACCUAUUUCCCUGGAGGAAAGUGCUCAGGCUAUUUGAGAAUUGCAUUCUGGGAAAUCCCCAGGACCCGCUGGAUUCUCUGGAGAGUUUUAUAAGGCUUGUUCCUCCUUGCUUAUACCACACUUAUGUUCUACCCUUACAGAUUCCUUUAAGGUAGGAAGACUACAGCAGUCUUUUUACUAAGUUUUCAUUUCACUCAUUCCCAAAAAGAAUAAGAAUCCUACUGUAUGUUCUUUGUAUAGACCUAUCUCUUUAUUCAAUUUUGAUACUAAAAUUUUAUCUAAAGUGUUGGCUCGCAGACAUAAAAAUAUUAUAUCUUCUAUGGUUUUGGAUGAUCAGACAGGAUUUAUUAAAAAUCUAUAUUCCCAUUUUAAUAUACGGCAUUUGUUGAAUGUUAUAUACUCUCCAUCUAAGGAAAUACCGGAAUGUGUGAUAUCUUUGGAUGCGGAGAAGGCUUUUGACAGAGUUGAAUGGAACUUUCUAUUUACAUCCUUAGAAAAAUUUAAUUUUGGACCUAAUUUUAUUCAUUAAAUUAAAUUACGUUAUUUAUCUCCCUCCGCUCGGGUUCUUACUAAUUUUCAGAUUUCUAAACCCUUUAAACUCCAACCUGGAA